AUGAAUCGGUUUUCGGUAUUGAUACCACUCAUACUCUCCAUUGCAGGCUUCGUGCUUGCAAUGGUAUCACUCUUCGCCGGCUCUAAGCCUGGGCAGUUAGAAGACUUCCACAUUAUCGCUAUUAACAUGUCCAAUUUCGGUCAUGACCUCGUGCCAACGCCAACUACUGGUGGCUCGGAGCCAACAACAACAGACAGCAGUUGGGAAGGCUUCUUUACCAGCGUUGUAGCCACCAUCGCUUCAGAAAUUAGUGACGAACUAAGUGACAUUGAGGACGACAUCGCCGACAAAUUGUCCGCCGAGCUCGGGAUCUCACAGUGGUAUUCACUUCACAUUAUGACUGCUUGCGAAGGAAACUUUGCUCCAAAUGCAACAAACCCGGGUGCAUGGUACAACACAACGAACUGUACAUCACAACAAGCAGGCUUUCAGUUCAAUUUGUCCCAGGUGCUCGACCACGAGAUCUCCUUGGGGCCCCUUGACUUGAACACUGCAGACCUUCCCAUACCCGAUGAGGUUUCCGAUGCGAUCAAGUACAUCAAUGGUUUUCUUUUGGCCAUCUUUGUCCUGUUCUGCAUUGGUGCAGGCUUCGCCGGUCUUUCGUUCCUCGGCAGUGUUGCAGCUCUCACCACGGGUACAUUGGGCAAGACACGAGCAGGUAACGUGAAGACGGGCUCGUCAAGAGGAAUGGCCCUCAUCAACGCGAUAUUUUCUGGCUUGGCUUCUGCGGCACUUUUGGUCGGUGCUGCGAUCACAACCGGUGUAGCCAAGAAGGGCCAGGCCGAGAUUAAUGACAAAGGCAGCGAAGUCGGGAUCUCCGCUAACUCCGGAACCAAGUUCAUCAUCAUUACUUGGGUUUCAUUUGCGACCAUGUUCGUCGCGCUUCUCUACUGGAUCGUUGCCGGUAUCAAGGGACGCAAGUCCCCAGCACCUGAGGGCCGUCGACGAGGUCCUGGAAGGUUCCACCUCAGACAUGAGAAGAAAGUCCGCUCGAGCUACGAGUCCUCCUCGGUCUAA